AAGCUUGAAGUCAAUUCUCUUAUAUAACUUUGUUGUGAACAGCACCCUUGGCUUAAAGAUUAUUGAUGUAUUAUAUUGAGAUCAGUGAUAUAUUUAUUCCAUUUUUCAGCAGUCUUAUCGUAGUUUCAUAACAGGAAAGAAAUUUGAUCGUGGAGGCGAAAAUUAGAUAAAGUCAUGCUAAGUUGUUUUACUGCAUCAAAUGGUCCCGAGGUCGAUUCCAGAAUUCUCCAUUUGCUCCAUUUGUGUCUGCAUGGCGGACUGUAUUCUUGCUUCUUCAUUUCAGAUCAUGAAUACUCAUUUACGGCAUGUUCGCCAGCGUCUUCAAAUGGUAGAAUUGGAUCGUUCCUGGAAUUUGAUUAUGAAAUAAAAGGUUUGGAAUUAAUCAUAGCAGUUAGAAUACAGUUAAACAUGCCGAGAAGUACUUUUGAUUCAGCAACCGGUGAAUUUUAUAUUCUUUUCGAUCUGGUAUCAGAAUAACCGCGGACCAUUCCAUUAAAUAUGUCGAAUAAGGCAUGCAGGAGCAGAUCAUCACCAUCGAAUGAAUCAACUUGAUCUGAGAUGCAGCUUUCAGCAUGUUUUCGUUAUAUCAUAAAUAUCCAGGUUUAUUGGCGCUGUAUAGGCAGUGAUUUGGAUUAUGACGUAUUUUACAGAGUCUUCGUGCCCAUUUGAAGUAUACAUAUGCUUUGAAAGGAUUACUUUGUUGGCUCCUACCCCCACUGAGUGUUUACAACAGCAGCUGUGGAUUUAUGUAUUUUGGAUAAAAUAUCGCCGCAUUCUUUUUGGGUAGGAGACCAGUUGGUGGAUUAUAAAUGAUGUUCAAGUAACUUUUAUCUUUUCAUGUGAUGUUGCGGUUAUGUCGAGAAUUGGGGACGGAUGUGCUUUGGUGUUAUUGGAGAACCACUCACUCAGGAGUUCACUAAUGAUCUGGGGAUCAUCAUAAAUUAUAUCUUCGUGUUCUAAAUGACUGAUAUUGUUUUCUUCACCCUUCUUCAUCCGUUUUUGCAAGAUUUUGCAGAGUUCCUGGGUUUUAGAGGUGCCCUCUAGGGCUUUAUUUUCCUCGACUUGUGCUUUCAUUUUAUGUCUCUCAUCUAAAUUUUUAAAUAUUUCGUGUAUCAGGUGUAAUGCAUUAAAUUCUUUGUAUAAAUAAAAUCUCC